GCUUGUCAGUUGUGGCGGCGCGCGGCGCUCGUGAGCUUAUUUCGCAAGACGACAGUGCAUAUUUGAAGAAAUAGUGAAGUUCCGAAACUGUUGUGAUAUUUUUGUUCAAGGUAUAUUCACAUCAACGGCCGCAUUGACGAAGUUCUUCGGAAACGCAAGUACUCGCCCGUCUUUCGUCGCAUCUGUAUUCGCCCAGGACGCAGUGAACUCAGGAUAUUUCCUUGCACCUCAGUUUGCGUGCUCGACAGUGACUGGCGUGAAUCCCUCCCCUGGGCGGGCAACGGCAAGUUAAGCCGUGCGGGCAUGCGACCCAGAAGCCCUACAGUGUGAAAACAGCCCCCGACACCCGUCGAAGGAGGAGGGCUAGGGCUCACGGCGGAGAUUGGGCGAACCGCGCAGGCCGGCGGGAGUGGCCCGCAACUGGCAGGGAAAUCUUCUAAGGUGACAACUCUGACGGCUACCUGGUGACUCGUGGAUAUCCAGUGCACGCGAGUGACGCCCGGUGACGUUCAAGACGUCAGUGUACGCGACGUGACGGCUCAGAGUGACGUGACGGUGCUACGAGGCCCCUCGCGAUGGGUGCCACGCGCGGCGUUGCGGGACUAAGCCUGACAGCGGCUGUCCUGCUGGCCGUCGUCUCAGCGGAUAGCUACGACGGCUUCGACGGCUUCUACCAGCAGCCAUUCUUCACACAUCGAGUCAGACAUCAUAAAGAGCAUGUGAAGGAGCUGUCAUGCGGCAAGUUCUACUAUCGCACUUUCUAUCUGGACGAACGGCGAGAUGUGCUUUACGUGGGCGCCAUGGACCGUGUCAUGCGGAUUAACCUGAGCGACAUCAGCCAGACUGACUGCAAGCGUGAUUCCCUGGUGCUGGAGCCGACCAGCAGCACAGAGUGCACGUCCAAAGGGAAAAAUCAGCACUACGAUUGCCGUAACCACAUUCGGGUGAUUCAGCCGAUGGGAGACGGCAGUCGACUGUACGUCUGCGGCACCAACGCUCACAACCCCAAGGACCUCGUCAUCUACGCGAACCUGACCAACCUACCGCGCACCGAGUACGUACCCGGUAUCGGUAACGGCAUCGCCAAGUGUCCGUUCGACCCGGACGACAAUUCUACGGCCGUGUGGGUGGAGCACGGCAACCCGGGCGAUCUGGCCGGCCUCUACUCCGGCACGGUAGCAGAGUUUACCAAGGCCGACAACGUCAUCUUCCGCACCGACCUCUACAACACCACCACCAAGCGGCAGCAGUACCUCUUCAAGAGGACCAUCAAGUACGACAGCAAGUGGCUGGACAAGCCCAACUUCGUGGCAUCGUACGAUAUCGGCGAGUAUGUGUACUUCUUCUUCCGCGAGACGGCCCUCGAGUACAUCAACUGCGGAAAGGCCAUCUACUCCCGCGUGGCUCGCGUCUGUAAGAAGGACACGGGGGGCAAGAACAUUCUGAACCAGAACUGGGCCACCUAUGUCAAGGCACGAUUGAACUGCUCGAUUCCCGGCGAGUUCCCCUUCUACUUCAACGAAAUACAAUCCAUCUACAAGGUCCCUGGUGACGACACCCAGUUUUACGCCGUGUUCACCACAUCCAUGAACGGUCUGAUGGGCUCGGCAGUCUGCUCCUUCACUCUCAGAGAUAUUCAGGAAGCGUUUGACGGCAAGUUCAAGGAGCAGAAGACGUCCAGCUCGGCGUGGCUGCCAGUCAGCAAGUCAGCCGUGCCCGAGCCCAGGCCGGGACAGUGCGUCAAUGACACGCAGACGCUGCCCGACACCGUACUGACGUUCAUCCAGUCGCACCCUCUGUUGGACGGCGCCGUGGCGCACAACAACGACAAGCCCGUCUUCUACAAGCGCGACCUCAUCUUCACACACGUGGUGGUGGACAAGGUGACCUCCGGCACCUUCGGCAGCCAGCGCGAGUACACCGUCUACUACGCCGGCUCCAACGACGGUCACGUGUACAAGAUCGUCGAGUGGUACGACUCUCGCGGUACCUCCCACUCGUCCCUGCUCGACAUCUUCCAGGUCACGGCUCCCGAGGCCAUCCGGCAGAUGGCGCUCUCUCGACGGCACAAGUCUUUGUACGUGUCGUCGGACGCACAGCUGCGUCAAGUUCAGCUGGAAAUGUGUAACGGCCGCUUCGACAAUUGUCUGCGCUGUGUACACGAUCCAUACUGCGGCUGGGACAAGACGGCGCACGUCUGCCGACCCUACACGCCCGGUCUUCUGCAGGAUGUGACCGGCUCGGAGCCAGGCCUCUGUGACAGCUCCGUGCUGAGGAAGAAACUGUCGGCCACCUGGGGUCAGUCGCUCCACCUGGGCUGUGACGUCAAACUGCCGCGCGCCAUGGACCAACGCGAGGUCACCUGGUACCUCUGGACCAAGGAGAAGGGGCGCCACAUGAUCGAGUGGAGCCCGGAGAAGUACGUGCGUACCCAGGAGAACGGCCUGGUGGUGCUGUCCAUCGCCGAACAGGACGCGGGCAACUACGAGGCCCAGCUGGGCACCGAUCUGCUCUGCAUGUACAGCGUUACCGUGGACGUACACCGGUGCGCCGCACCCGACAAGUCCAAGGACUAUCAGAAGAUCUACUCUGACUGGUGCAGCGAGUUCGAAAAGUACAAAAACGCCAUGAAGAACUGGGAGAAGAAACAGGCGCAAUGUCGCAGUCAGAACCAGAGCGCCAGUCCGAACACACACCCAAACGAGAUCUACCAGCGCUCGCCGUUGAUAUGAGCGGCUGACAGCCUCAGCGCCGGCACGCUAGUGAGAGGAUCGAAUCAAAACGUACCGUCUGUCUGCCGGCGCGCCGCCGGCCGGCCGGUCUUGGACUCCCAGUGAGCAAUAACCGAACCCUCUGUGCCGCCGCGGCCCGCCGCCCCAGCCCCAAUACUCCCCGCGCCCUUUCUGUGAUGUGAUGAACUUCGAGUGCGACUGGCGGCCGCUAGGUGGCAGUGGUGGUCACGCACAAGGCGCCGUGAGCGCUGACGGCAGCUAGGCAGCUAUUCUGGCCCGGCGGAGGACCCGCCGGUACUGCCGGCGCUGAUACCAGUGUCGGACGGUAUGGGUGGGGUCGCUGAGACCCGCCCCAAUCUGGUGUGGAGGACUUUGUGCGUGUGUGCGCAGAGGUGGUUUUUGUAUGGUCGCGUUUUUAACCGUCUCCGUGUGAACGAAGCGUUGUGCACGGAUGGCCUGCCACUUUGCAACUGUCGUCAGAUAGUUUGAAUGAACUAUGUUCUAGCGGCAUAAUUGUCUUCCAUGCUAAUGAUUUUCAUAGAAUUUUGUUUUACACUUUGUACGUUUCUUUUCCCUUGGAAAAUCAGGAGUAGUAACGCGACAAUCAUGUUUUCGAUGCCUUUUUAUUUUGCUACUACUGUUUUAGGUCAUUGUUUCCUUUAGCAUAUCACGUGGCAGGCUUUGUCUUAUGUACGUACUGAAGAGUCUAUUGUACAUAUGUCCCAUGUGCGAACUGAUGUUCUGUACAUGAAAUGACUUCAUAAUAAUAAAUCUCAUCCAAUUUUUGUA